AUGUCAAAAGAUAAAUCAAAUACAAAUUUAACUACUGAAACAGUCAUUGAACAAUUAGAGUCAGAGGAUGAAAAAGAUAGUCAAGAUCAUUAUAAUUUAGUUAGUUUAAACAUCUGUAAAUGUGAUUCGUGUAUUAGAUGGUCGACAAGAUAUCAACAACAGUUUUCAAUGUCAUAUAUUAUUUUAGGUUCAUUAUUUCCAUUAAUUUGGAUUUAUUAUUCGAUUAUUAUUUUUAGUUUAUUAAUUAAUAGGUAUAAACCAAUGUCAAUUGCUAAAUUUAUUGAAAUUCAUACUGGUAAAAAAAUUAUUCCAAAACAUUUUGGUGAUGGUUAUGUUAAAAAUCACAAAUUAAAUCAUGGUGAAAUGAUUGAAUUAUUAGGUUAUAAUUUAUUAGCUUUUACAAUUUAUGGAUUCAUGGUUAUAUUAUUUUGGUUCGCUUUUCAAAAGUAUACAUUUGUAGUUCCACCAUUUGAUGCUGAACAUACUUAUGCUUAUUAA